AUCUCUCUCGUUAUCGAAUUUGAUUGAAUUCGAUAAGUCAAAUUUAGUUUCAUUUAUCAUUUCUUUUUAUCCAACAGAUCCUAGGAUACAUAUGAUUUAUUUUCGUAUUAAUGAACAGCCUUCCUUUGCUAAAAGAGAAUUGACUAAAUUUGAAUAUCUUCAAUCGAAAGAUGAUGACAAAGUGACUUGUGAAUUUAUCCAAGAAAUGUACAGUCCAAGAGUUAAAGAAUGGAACCCUGCUGUCAAUGUUUUGUACCGAUCGAUUGAUGAUAUUGAUUACACACGAGUUAUGAUGCCAAAGCAACCACUUGCUAGGAACAAAAGCCUCCGGGUUUCUCAUGCAUAUGAUUCUGACGUAGAAUUAGUGACGUCAUGCAAUACAGUGAACUCUCAUCAUGAAGCAUAUGAUAUAUCAUCAGCAGGUCCAUCUUCCAGCAACGAAUGUUCUAAUGCCAGAUUUCAAAUAGAACCAGCAUACAAGAGAACUGCAUUAAUUGUCAACCCACAAGUCGAUAAAACUAAAGAUCUUGUGAAUGAAAUAGAAUUAGCUGUAGAGGGGAAUAAUUCAGGGUAAAAAUUGCAAUUAAUUCAUCUUUUAUUGUUUUUUUUUUCGAUUUGAUAAGCAUAGUUAUAUUACUUACAGCAUCAGGAAAAAGAGUCCUGUAUGGGUUUAUUUUGAAAACAAGGAUGCUCAAUAUGUUGUAUGCACCAUUUGCAAUGCUAAAGUUAAGCAUUGUGGUGGGACAACGAAUUUAAAAUCACAUUUGGUCAGAAAUCAUUAGUUAUUGUGCUCUGGCAUAUUAAAAAAUAACAGAGAUGAUACAUCUAAAUCUAGUAGUGAAUCGACAGCUAGAGAUGAUCCGCCGCUCAAAUGAAAAAAAUUAGCAUCAAUGGUAACAACAUUGAUUUCUAAUACACAAUAAAAAAAUAUUAGCCUAAAAUUCAUGACUCGUUUCAGCAGAGCAAGUUAUUCCGAAUCGACGAAGCCUUUGAGAGGACGAAUUCUUUCGCAGGUUCAUACAAAUUUCAAACAAUCAAUAAGCACAUUCGUCAAUUCGACAUUGGUCGAAUGCUCGUUUAUCAAUUUCAGAAGGAGGAGCACAGUCUAACAGAAUUACUCUGCAGCAUUAAUGUUUAUGAUCGCCAAGGAUAAAAAACCACUAUCCAUGGUUGAUAGAGAAGG